GAGAAGUCGAGGCCUGUGGGGCAAACCUGAUGGCCGUGAGGACAAAUACUCAGUGAUGAUAUUCGGUGAUGGUCGCGGCGUAUCAUGAACCAAGAGAAGUUGGAAAUAUGGACCAUUAGAUUCGCACCCAAUGACCCAGUGGUGACAUGCUGGCCAUAGACCUGAAGGUUUUUGAGUUCGGUCUCUGGCUGUGUGGAGUCAUGGGUGCUCAGUGCUGAGAAAUCCCAUACUAGGACGCAACAGCUCUCCAAUGCUCUCAGGUUUCCAAUGUUCCUCCAGCUAAUAUCAGUUCAUGAUGAAUACCAAAUUGAGAUCACUGAAAAAUCUCCACAAACCCCCAAAUUAAAUCAGGCAAAACUUGCAUCAAGUACCUACUAUAAUAAAAAGUAACAUAACUAAAGGUGGUCGAAAGUAGGCGGUCUUGUGAUACGUAAAUACUUCUUACAUCUUUUAUGUCACCGGAAUAUACCUACAUCAAGAUAAGCAUAAUAUUAAAGACAGUUUCAAGAAAACAUCCAGAUCUGUGUCCUUUAUACGGCUCUUAUUCAUCGAUGUAUAGAGCAAACUAUCAAAUUUACGUAAUAUGAGUACUAUAAGCUAUGAAGAAAAUAUUAAAAACUCUACUAAUGUCUUGGAUUGACGAAAUUCAGAGUCAAAAUAUGCAAAAGAAUGAUCAGGUUCAGUUAACUUCUGAUAAAUGAAUGUCAAGCGAAUUUGAAGUCGUUCAGGCAUCCUUUAAUACAAGUAUUUACAACAGAAAUCAUCAUGGUAGAGUUGAAAUGAAGUUAUAUUACUAACUAUAGUAUCAAAUAAGCACUAAAAUAAACAGUUUAUAAUAAUCCUUCUUUAUGUACAAAGAAAAUUUAAUGAUGUGAAAACAUUUUACAAAAUACAUAUGAUCUAACACUGUUCCCUAAGCUUUAUCAAACACUAUGAAAUCAUAGUCUGAUCAGUAUAAAUAAAUGAGUCGAUUGACGUUCUAAUCUGGUGUCAGCUACUUAUAAGAACACAUGUAAGUAAUAUAUUAUGCCAUGUUACUUGGAUAAGUAUUAGGGGUUAAUGUUCAAUCGAUGACGGGUUCAAAGAAAUAAAAGAAGAACACUGCAGGCAAAUACAAAAGAUAAACAAGAAAGCAAAUAAAAGUUUACUUUUCACAAUGAAGACGAAAACAUACUACUUGUGUGUUUUUGUAAGUAGUAUACUACACAGUGAUAACUGGAUAAACUACUUGUUCAAAAAUAUCGAAGAUUUUAUUUAUGCUCGAGUUUUAAAAAUCUUUGUUGCGUUAAAAGGUACCAGUAAAAAACCAACUUUUGAAUUCUUAGCAAUCAGAUCAAUUAGGUUCAUUUUGCUCGACGUAAAUCACUAAUUCAGUUUUUAAGGAAAAAGAAAGGUAUCAUAAAGAAUAAGUUUUUUUGUAGAAAUAAUUUUAUAGGUCAAUAUUUCAUCUUGUUUUAGAGAAUGCCACUUGAAAUGUCAUACUGCACACUAGGCCAUACUUACUUUCUCUUCUAUUUCUUUUCGUGAACCACUAACAGAUUGGAUUGAAUUGAGUAUCAGUAGUGCUCAAACUGGUUUAACAAAACCUGAUCUUACAACUUACUAGAUUAUAUAAUGAAUUUCAGAUUCUUUGCUUAUAAGAGCACUCUACUUCAUUUUGUUGUAACAGCAUGUGUUUUGUAACAUGUAAACAGCACUAAUCCGUUGAUUUUGUAUUCAAAUAGAAGAACCAAUAACUAUAACCACCGAGUCAACAACAACUAAAACAGUAACAACAUUAUCAUCAACGGGAACAGCGACAGCUACAUCAGCAGUAACAAUAACAGCUCAGACACCAGGAAUGGAAACAGCAAUGGCAAAUACAACUCCAUCAUCAUUUGAUACAACACCAACGGGAACAUACGACGGAUUUCCUACCUACAGUUUUGUUGAAUUUUCUUUGGCAACUAGACCAGCUACAAGUAUAAUGCCAGUCAUUCUACCAAGUGCAUCAACAACAUUCAAUGUAAGAUCAAAAAUAUACCAUCAGUCUAAUGAUACACCAAUUCCAUGGAGUGAUGAAUACACGAAUACAAAUUCACAAUCAUAUAAUGAUUUAAAAUCAAAGUAUUGUGAUUUGCUACUUGGUUAUCUAAGACAAUCAGGUAACAGUGCAACCGAUGGAGCUAGCUGUAAUACAACUACAUUCACACCAGUUAAUGCCAUUCAGCCGGAUGGCAGUAUUCGCCGGAUUGUUGAAGGUGAUACAUCAAUCAUUGUGCCAACAACAGCCGGAUCGCAACUCACUGGGAGUCAACUAAAUUCAAUAUUAAUUCAGGGAUAUAACCAAACAAGUAUCCCAUCAUCAAUUAAAUUAAAUACUCUGGAAACUCAACGUGCCACAGGUACACUCACAUGUGCACAAAUAACUAAACCAUGCGGAGAUCAUGCUACUUGUCGAGAUGCACCACCUGGAAUUUCUUGCUUUUGUAACUCCAUGUGGAGAGAUAUGAAUCCUAGAGAUCCUGGAAAACAAUGUGCAUUGCAUCCUGCUGCAAUUGCAUUGAUUGCUCUCGCUGCGUUAUUAUUAUUAGCCGCUCUUAUACUGCUGAUUAUAUGCUUACUACGUAGACGUCAAAGGAGGCGUGGUUCAAUCUUAGCUUCAACAGACUUAGCUGCAAUGAAAAGUUGGCGACAAAAGAGGCAAUGGAAACUUAAUUCAAAAGGUGUAAAUGAGUUACCACAAGAUUUAAAUGCAUAUCCAACAGACACGUCAAUUUCACCUGAAGAUAUGGUGAUUCCACGUGCUUCAGUUGGUGGUUUGCCAAGCGGUACCAUUGGAUUGCCACAAAUUCCUGCUUCACCAGUUGCAGCAGGUAUGGUAAUGCCCCCUGCUGUCAUCGGAAGUAACUAUGUUGGAAGUCCACAACAAUUCCCUACAACAACUUAUCAACCAUCAGGAAUCGGAAUGCCUACCGCGCCUAUAGCAGGUAUCAUGGGUAGUGGAUUGACUGGUGGCCUUUCACAAAUUCCUGCAUCACCUUAUCAACCAUCAGGAAUGGGAAUGCCUACCGCGCCUGUAGCAGGUAUCACGGGUAGUGGAUUGACUGGUGGCCUUUCACAAAUUCCUGCAUCACCGUUGGCAUCGGGUAUGGUGAUGCCUCCUGCUGCCGUUGGAAGUAAAUACGUUGCAAAUCCUUCACAAUUGAGGACAGCACCUUAUCAACCAUCAGGAAUCGGAAUGCCUACCGCGCCUAUAGCAGGUAUCAUGGGUAGUGGAUUGACUGGUGGCCUUUCACAAAUUCCUGCAUCACCUUAUCAACCAUCAGGAAUGGGAAUGCCUACCGCGCCUGUAGCAGGUAUCACGGGUAGUGGAUUGACUGGUGGCCUUUCACAAAUUCCUGCAUCACCAGUUGCAACAAAACCUUUAUCAAUGCCUCCUGUAACAGUAGAACCAAACUAUCCCAAUAAUGUACCUCGAAGCCUUCAAAAAAUUCCUGCAUCGUCAGUUCCAGCCUCAGUCAUGCCAGUGUCUGUUUCCUCAAAGGGAAACAUGAUGCCGCUUGAUGUGGUCAGCGGUAGUGCACAGAUGCCCUCAUCGUCAUAUACACAAUCAGGCUUACAAAUGCCAUCUGGAACACUAGAUAGUAACUUACCCAGCAAUGUGCCUAAAGGUUUAUCACAGAUCCCCCCAUCCCCUUCAGUCAAUACGCUACAGAGAGGCAAUAUAUUCAAUUUUGAAACGAAUAUGCCAACCAAUCUUAAUAAUGCAACUAUUGAACGACCUCCUCAGUAGCUCAAAAAUUCAAUACAAGAGAAUAAAUAAAUUUUUGUCUAGUUUCUCAAGUCCAAAUUGAACUACCUGAUAUUAAUCUAUGCCUAUUUUUUCUGUGCGUAUGCAUGAUAUAAGUGAAUAUGUGCAUGCUUGCUUGCGCAUAUGUGCUACUUAUUGCUUGUUAAUAUUUAUGACCAUAUUAGUAUUAUUAAUAAUGAAAUAUAACUUAUCAGUUUAUCAUUGCAUUCU